CGAAGUCUUAAUCUCAUCAUGAUCAGCAACCUCGUUAUUGCAAUAUGUCUGGGGUUACAUUCAUCUUCAGAACCGCAUAUGCUCUUACUGGAUGAGUUGUUUUCCAUGCCUCGGCUGCCGUUGCUUGCGCGGCACCUCCACUUUGUGCAUGCGACGAUCAUAUUAUACACUCGCAACAUAGUUUUCUAUCAUCGAUCAUACUGAUAAAAGCAUCUGCGUACCUUGGUUCCCAUAGUUGACAACUGCAAAGAUGUCUGAUAACCCAACAACGCCUGAAGUUCAGGUCGACGAAAAUACCACCUCCGACUCCGACUCGGUCUUCACCGCUGACUCCGUGGGUGCAACUACCUCUAUUGCUAGCAGUGUUCUCAAAUACAAAUGGAAGCAUGGCCGACGAUACCACAGUGAUCGCGCAGGACAAUACAGUUUCCCCAAUGAUGACCAGGAGCAGGAUCGCCUUGACAUGAUUCACCACGUUUUUUGCCGAACUGUAAAGGAUCGAUUGUUCCUGGCUCCCAUAGCCUCGGAGGGACUGAAUGUUCUUGAUAUCGGAACAGGAACAGGAAUUUGGGCAAUUCAGUUCGGUGACGAGCAUCCUUCUGCGACAGUGGUCGGAAAUGACCUUAGCCCCAUACAACCAGACUGGGUUCCUCCAAAUGUAAAAUUCAUCGUGGACGAUGUUGAAGCGGAAUGGGUUGAGCCAAUCCCAUAUGAUUAUAUCCACUGCAGAUACAUGGCUGGGUCUAUCAAAGACUGGCCCAGACUACUUCGACAAGCAUACGCCAACCUGAAGCCAGGCGGCUGGAUCGAGCUUCAAGAAACAGCCAAUACGCUCUAUUCCGAGGAUGACUCGAUCAAGCCCGACAACGCGUUAGUCCAGAUGAUGGACCACCUGAAACUCGCCUGUGAUAAGAUUGGAAGAACCAUGGAUCCUGCGCCGUCUUUUCAGCAGUGGGCUAAGGAAGCUGGUUUCGCUAGUGUCAAAGAGGAGCGAUUCAAGCUUCCAAUCGGACCAUGGCCUAAGGAUGAACGGCUCAAAGAGAUAGGAACUUUGAUGGGAGUUAACAUGAGAGAGGGUGUAGCUGCCUUUACGGCGGUUUUGUUUACCGAUGUUUUGGGAUGGUCACGCGAAGAGGUUGAGCUCUUUAAUGCUCGUGUUAGAGAGGCAUCACGCGAUAGGUCUGUGCACCCAAUGUUUGAUUGCUUGAUAGUCACUGGUCAGAAGCCGAAAGAGUAACCAAAAUUGAGUUUCUCAGAUCCAACGUACAUGCAUUUCCGAAUUAUUCUCUUUGUAAUCUUUGUUAAGAUGUCCUUGAACGGCUUCC